CGGAAGUCAGCAACAGAACAAAAUGGCGAUCACCACAGGGUGGUCGUUUGCUGCGUUAGCUGCUUGUUUUCUGCUAUUUACGUAUAAAGAUUUGACGCAGUCGCAAGAAGUUAACAUAAAUGCUCACAAGGACAUCAAGGCCCCCAAACUUGCACAGUUUGCGGGUCCCACCAUAAAAUUUAUGUUCUGUUAUUCCUGAGGGUACCGGAAAGUGUUUGAUCAGUAUGCUCAAGCACUUCAUGACCGCUUCCCUAGCCUGACGGUUGUUGGCGACAAUUACCCUCCGCCACCUGUCAAGGCUAUGCUUGCUCAGUUCUUAUCUGUCUUUAAACUUGUUCUCAUUGGUCUUGUUGUCUCUGGGUACAAUCCCUUCCCUCUCCUCAACAUUGAAACUCCUGCCGCCUUCAGAUGGGCAACAGAAAAUAAGAUAUAUGCCUGCCUCAUGGUGUUUUUCAUCAGCAAUGCUCUAGAAGGACAACUCAUUUCUACAGGGGCUUUUGAAGUUUCUUUCAAUGAUGUGCCUGUCUGGUCGAAACUGGAGACAGGACGUAUACCCUCCCCAUCCGAGAUGUUUCAAAUGAUUGAUAAUCACAUGAGGUUGAGCAAUAAGCAACAAGUACAGUAAGCCUGUGCCUUGUCUCACACGUCCGGUAUUUGCCAGGUGAGCCCACUUUGACUGUUGGCAAGUUGGGGCGCUGCUGUCCUGAGCUUAUGAAGGUUCAAGUUUAAGCAACCACUGCUGGCUUGGACUGGAUCCCCUAUCAGAAUACAGCAGCCAUCCAAUUUCCUGCAGUUACUGUCUCUCAACUGACAAGAAUCGCACCUGUUGUUACAAGGCUUGUUCCAGUCAAUUAGUUCGAUAGAAAUCCACUCAUGGUUAGAAAUCAAGAGUAGAAAAUUUGUUAAAGACGUAAAUGUUUUCUGUAAUAAUUUAUAGUGAAUUAUGCAAUGAUACAAGUAUUCUUGUUGUACAAAAAGAACUUAUUAUGAUGUAAUGGACGUGUUUGUUGAGUGCUAGCUUGUAUAAAUGGCAGACCACUAUCUCGUCAACACUGUUACUGUACUAAUAGCUAUCAUGUUUGGUACGGCUGUAAUGUACUUCUAUUUCUGUGGUAAAUUGACCGAAUCAUGCAUCAUUUUACGUACAAGACAACAGAGUGAGUGGUAGGUUGAAGGAUUAACUCCAUGCUGAUUUUUAAUCUGUUAAUCUUUUUCUUUGAAAAAUACUAGUAAUUUGACAAUAAAUAUUAUGGUGUCAGAUGAGCCGAUUUGCUGAUCGUGAGUUAAAUUCAUCAUUUAUCCUUUCAACGGUUGUUUGUUUACCAUCACUUUAGCCAUUGUCCUUGCUUGGUUUCUACAGUGUGAUGAAUGACCUGUUUCAAUUUCGUCAUAUGACAGAGUUAGGAGAAGUACGUCAUCAAACUCACUCAUUCACCUUCAUGUCACUUACAGUCACUGUCAGUUUACCUAUUUGGGGCAAUAAUGUAUUCAAAGAACUCUUUUUGCUUACAUGAAUAAUUAAGUUAAAUUGAUCCUAUUACGGAAUGUUUUUAUGAAUAUGUCCAUAUUAUGUCAACCUUAAUUUAAGAAUCCUAAAAAAUGUUUGAAGGAUAAAAGCUGAGAAAUUGUAUUCAGUUCACGAUCAUAUUUGAAUGUUUUAGUACAAAGCAUGCUGGCGUGGGGUAAUUGUUGUAUACAUACUAUUCAGAUUUUGCCUAUAUUACACAAGUGUAUUACCUGGAUAGUUUAUAAGACAGAACACACUGAUAUUGGGUGUCUAUUUCUAUUUCUUCUUUCCAAAUGGUCACCUUGAGAUUCUUUAACUGCUCUUUCCAUCUGAUGUGCAAAGAAAUCAAAGUUUGUAUUUUUGUGUAGAUCUGUUUGUAAGAGGACUGACAUUUAUAGAGAUAUUGGUACAAUAUACAGAAAUACAUUUUUAUGCAUGUUAUGUGUUUGUGAUGUUGAAUACUAGGUUGAUUUACAACUGUCUAUCACAGGUUCAAUGUUCUUGAUUCCAUCCCUGUUUUAUGAACAAACUUACUAUUGUCAUUGUCUGCUUUCAUCAUGGCCUUAGGACUCAUGGGUAAUUUCAGUGAGAUUACUGUUAAUUCUGAUGUCUGUCUAUUAGGUGCAUAAAUUGCUAGACAAUAUGUUCAGACAUGAAGAUGCACAGCUGUGGUGAUUCCUGGUCUCCUGAGGAGUUGGGGUAGCCUGGUGGUUAAAGUGUUAGCGUACCACGCCAAACACCCAGGUUUGAUUUCCGGCUGGCGAGUACAGUGUGCAAAGCCCAUUUCUGGUGUCUCCCACUGUGGUAUAUUGCUAACAGUGACGUAAAACUAACCUCACACCUGGCCUCCCUUGCUUCUCUGGUUUAUCGAGCACAGAUGUGAUACAGCUGCAGUUGGACAGUUGUGAUACAGCUGCAGUAUUGCCAGGCGUUACUUCAUGAACAUUUGCUCAAACCUCUUUGAGGUUGGUGGUGAGGCCUGGAGGUUAAAGCUCUUGCUCGAUACUGAAGGUCUGGGUUCGAUUCCUCACAUGGUGCAAUGUGUGGAGUCAAUGUCCCUGUCUUGACAUAGCUGGAAUGUUGCUAAAAGGUGUGUAAUUAGGAAAUAUGCACUCGCUGAAAAAAAGUGCUUUACGUACUUGAAUUAAUUUCUUGCUUAUCUCAUUGGCAAUUGGUUGACCUAUUGACCUCAUUGUUGGAGCAACAUUGGUAAUCCAGGGUAUAAUCUUAAUUUUGACCUAUUUGCGGACUGUGGCAGGAAUUGGUGUAAUUCCUCAGUAUAAUAAUUCUCCCAGUGAAGUUAGGCUUUCCCAGAUAUAUUUGAUUUCCAGACAUAUUUCCAUUUUUAGUCUUGAAAGAACAGUGAAACUAAAUGGGACAUUUUUAGUGUUAUUACAUUCAAACCAUGCUUAACACUGUAGGAUGGUGAGUUUAUUGAUGUAUUUUUGUAAUAGAAUGAGGAUAUAAACCCUGGAUGAUCAUGGAUGCAGCAGUAGGUCAUGGAUGUUAGACUGCAGCAAAGUGAACCAGAAUGUUCAGUAGUACCACAACUAAACAACAAGCCUCUGGUAGUAGAGCCUCUCGGGUAGAGAGUGUUUUCUAUCCAAGUCUGAGGACUCUGGACAUUCAUUGUUUAUUUGUAAAUCAUCAUUCCAUGCUUUUGUUGUUGGGGUUGUAUAACCUGGAUAUCCUGAUGUACUAUUUCAUUUAUCCCCUCUUCGUGAAAUAUGUGUAAAUAAAAUCAUGUGACUACA